AUGACCUUUGAGGAUGUGGUGGUGAAGUUCAGCAAUGAAGAGUGGAGUUUACUGAGUCCAUCCCAAAAGAACCUCUACAGAGAUGUGAUGGGCGAAACCUUUAGGAACAUGACUGCAAUUGGAGGACUUGGGGAUAUCCAAGAAGCUGAAAAAGAAUGCAAAAUUUAUUGGAGAUACUUAAGAAAUGACAAGCUAGGGAAAUCCUAUGGACAUACAUCUUGGAAUCAGUGUAAAGAAGUAUUCCUUUGUACUGCAGAAGGUAAUGUGAAUGUGAAAGAAGCAGAAACACACCACAAAGUUCAGAUCCAUGAAAAAUAUUGCAGUGGAGAGAAAUCCUAUGCAUGUCAGCAAUGUGGAAAAGGGUUCACAAAAUCUGGACAUUGUAAGCAACAUGAAAGAAUUCACACUGGAGAGAAACCCUAUGUAUGUAAGCAAUGUGGGAAAGGUUUUACCUGACAUGAACAUUGUAAG